GUCCAUUUUACUCAGCUCAGGAAAUAAAAAUUUCAAAAAUCAGAACCAUUUUUUUUAAUAUAAAAAAAAAUCAAAUAAUUUGAUCUUCUUUCCGUAGUUUGCAGACAACGGAGCUGCUUACGUGGUCUCUCAUUUCUAUACUAUUCUCAAGCACCACAGCUCAAGCAAAUCGAUCUAGGAUUCGGCGAGAGAGAUGGGGAAAGUGGCUGUUGGUGCGACGGUUGUGUGCGCUGCGGCGGUUUGUGCGGCGGCGGUAUUUAUUGUGCGGCGGCGAAUGCAGAGCUCUGGAAAAUGGGCGCGUGUGAUUGAGAUCCUGAAGGUACUCGAGGAGGAUUGCGCCACGCCGAUCGCGAAACUGAGACAGGUGGCUGAUGCUAUGACCGUCGAGAUGCACGCCGGUCUCGCGUCGGAAGGUGGAAGCAAGCUUAAGAUGCUUAUUAGCUACGUCGAUAAUCUCCCUUCUGGGGACGAGCAUGGUUUCUUUUAUGCACUGGACCUAGGCGGAACAAACUUCCGUGUCAUGCGUGUGCUUCUUGGUGGGAAACAAGACCGUGUUGUCAAACAAGAGUUCGAGGAAGUCUCAAUUCCUCCUCAUUUGAUGACAGGCGGUUCAGAUGAGUUAUUCAAUUUUAUCGCUGAAGCGCUUGCAAAGUUCGUGGCUACAGAAGGCGAGGACUUUCAUCUCCCAGCGGGUAGACAAAGGGAACUAGGUUUCACUUUCUCGUUUCCGGUUAGGCAGACAUCUUUGUCCUCUGGCACUCUCAUCAAGUGGACCAAAGGCUUCUCCAUUGAAGAUACAGUUGGACAAGAUGUUGUCGGAGAGCUUAUUAAAGCCAUGGAAAGAGUUGGGCUUGACAUGAAUGUCACAGCGCUUGUUAAUGAUACCGUUGGAACACUCGCUGGUGGUAGAUACUAUAACCCGGAUGUUGUAGCCGCCGUUAUUCUAGGCACCGGCACAAAUGCAGCUUAUGUCGAACGUGCACAUGCAAUUCCCAAGUGGCAUGGUUUGCUUCCCAAAUCAGGAGAAAUGGUGAUCAACAUGGAGUGGGGGAACUUCAGGUCGUCGCAUCUUCCAUUGACGGAGUACGACCACUCGCUAGACUUCGAGAGUCUGAAUCCAGGUGAACAGUGUGAAUUGUUUACAUGCGUUCCAAUCACGAGUCUGGUGAUCACUUUGUGGCUAUGCAGGACCCCGAACAUGUCCGCUAUGCACAGCGACACUUCUCCGGAUUUGAAGGUCGUGGGAAGCAAGUUGAAGGACAUAUUGGAGGUCCCUACUACUUCUCUGAAGAUGAGAAAAGUUGUGAUCAGUCUCUGUAACAUCAUCGCGAGCCGAGGAGCUCGUCUAUCAGCUGCUGGGAUCUAUGGGAUCCUCAAGAAACUAGGAAGAGACACACCGAAAGAUGGAGAAACUCAGAAAUCUGUGAUUGCCAUGGACGGUGGGCUGUUCGAGCACUACACUCAGUUCAGUGAGUGUAUGGAGAGCUCGUUGAAAGAGUUGCUCGGAGAUGAAGCAUCAGAGAGCGUCGAGGUGAUUCAUUCGAAUGACGGGUCGGGUGUUGGAGCCGCGCUACUCGCUGCCUCGCACUCUCAGUACCUUGAGGACUCUGAAACAAGUGAACUUUAAAGCAAAAAAAAGGUUUCAACUUUCAUGGCUCCAAAGCAUUGGAUAAAGGUAAGACCUUUGUGUUUAUGUUAUCAAGAACUCUUUGUUUGCCUUUAGGGUUCAAACAAAUAAAAGAGAAGAAGGUAAAGCCCUUUGCGGAAUUUUUUUCUUUCUGGUUUAUCAAUGUUCGGGAACAAUAUAAUAAACCCUGGAUUCUUCUUCAGGCUCUGGCAAAAUUCAAAAACCAGCCAAUGUUGUAGAACUAUAUAUUUCGAGUUCUAUAUAAUCAUAUUCAUUUUUUUUUUGUAU